AUAGACUUGAACUUGAUCAGAUCAAUUGUCUUAAUCUCGGGACUAUCGGGUCAUUAAUUUAAACCCGAGUCCAAGUUGGGUUAAACCCGAAACUAAAGAAAGGCCCGCGCAUAGCGCGAAUUAACAAACUUCAUCUUCAUCAUCUUUUUCUCUUCUCCAAUUCGCCGCUCCAGUCUCCUUCCCACAGUGUAAAUUUCGCGCCUUUAUGGCGUCAUCUUCUUCCACCAGCUCUCUCUAUCUCCACUCUCUCCCGAAGGCUUCUUCCAGGUUGGGCCAAUGGAAGAAUGGGUGUCUGGGUGGGUCCGUUUCAAACCACCGGUUGUUUGCUUCUCCGGGGGUGUUUCUUCAGAAAAGGCCGAGACUUUUGGCGAUCAGAGCUUCAUCAGAGGGAGGCUCGAGGCGUAGGGUUUACAAGGAGUCACAGGCAGCUACUGGGUUUCCUAACGCUAAAGUUCAGCAGAUUGCUUCUUCCGUCUUGCCCGUUGGCUCAUUCGUUGUCGUCACUUUCGUUUUGUGGAAAGUGGUUGAGAAGUUCAUGUCCCCAAAGUCUUCUUCUCCUGGAGAAGGGAAAGCUUCUACGCAGGGAGUGAAAUGGUCGAUCGGUGCUGGUACUAAUCUGUUACAAGGGUUUGCUGCAAAGGUUGAUAGGGAAGCCAAGCAGAGGCUUAAUGAGUUCGCUAAAGAACUCAGAGCGUUCAGAAGUGUUGACAUGUCAGGAUGCAACUUUGGAGAUGAAGGAUUAUUCUUUCUAGCUGAAAGCCUUGGGUAUAAUCAGACUUUAGAGGAAGUCAGUUUUUCUGCAAAUGGAAUUACAGCUGCAGGAGUUAAAGCCUUUGAUGGUGUUCUUCAGUCAAAUAUUAUGUUGAAGGUUCUCAACCUCUCUGGAAACCCCAUUGGUGAUGAAGGAGUUAAGACUUUAUGUGCUACAUUGAUGGAAAAUUCUAGCAUCGAGAAACUUCAGCUAAACAGUACUGAUUUAGGAGACGAGGGGGCGAAAGAACUUGCAGAGUUGUUGAAGAGAAACUCAACCUUGAGGGUUAUUGAGCUAAACAAUAACAUGAUUGACUAUUCUGGAUUCACAAGUCUUGCUGGUGCUCUUCUUGAGAAUAAUACAAUACGACAUUUACAUCUCAAUGGAAACUAUGGUGGUGCUUUGGGUGCCAAUGCUUUAGCUAAAGGACUUGAGGGUAACAAGUCUUUACGGGAACUUCAUUUGCAUGGAAACUCAAUCGGAGAUGAAGGGAUUCGCGCUUUGAUGGCUGGUCUAUCUUCCCACAAAGGGAAACUGGCUCUGCUUGACCUCGGUAACAACUCCAUCACCGCAAAAGGUGCCUUCUACGUAGCAGAGUACAUCAAGAGAAGCAAGAGCUUGGUUUGGUUGAACCUGUACAUGAAUGAUAUAGGCGAUGAGGGAGCUGAAAAGGUUGCAGAUGCUCUGAAGCAAAACCGUUCAAUUGCAACCAUUGACAUUGGUGGAAAUAACAUCCAUGCAGAGGGAGUUAAUGCUAUAGCUCAAGCUCUGAAAGAUAAUUCAAUUAUUACGACGUUAGAGGUUGGUUAUAAUCCCAUAGGACCCGACGGAGCAAAAGCAUUAUCCGAAAUUCUCAAGUUCCAUGGAAAUAUAAAGACGCUCAAGCUUGGUUGGUGCCAGAUAGCGUCUAAGGGUGCUGAGUACGUUGCAGACAUGCUGAGAUAUAACAACACGAUCUCGGUUUUGGACUUGCGGGCAAAUGGACUUCGAGAUGAGGGCGCUUCUUGCUUAGCUCGGAGCUUAAAAGUAGUUAAUGAAGCUCUGACAUCAGUGGACUUAGGCUUCAAUGAAAUACGGGAUGAUGGAGCAUUCGCCAUUGCUCAAGCUCUAAAGGCUAAUGAAGAUGUCACGGUUACAUCUAUAAACCUGGGGAACAACUUCAUCACCAAGUUUGGACAGAGUGCUCUCACGGACGCUAGAGACCAUGUUCUUGAGAUGACUGAAAAGGAAGUAGAGAUUUACUUCUAGAGAGACAGAGACAUUGAAGUGAAGAUUUGUCCCUCUUGUAGUUUUGCACCAUUAGUCGUUGUUACAUUCUUUAUGAGGUGUUGAAUUGUUCUUUUGUUGGAUUCAGUUUUUAUUUCAAAGAAGCGUUUCAUGGAAGUCCGACCAAUUUACUGGUUAAGAAAACUAAUUGAUCUAGAGUUUUAAUCUGGU